GACUGUGAGAUAUGGCGGCUUCCAAGUGCUGCUACAACAUGCCCGAGGAGUGUAUAUCUUAUUUAGCUCAUUAGUUGACCCCGUACGGCUUUUCUGUAGUUGAUCAUUUAUUUUGUACAGUAUGCACGCUGUGAGACACGUAGUGUGUGCAAUGUCUGGCGGAGUGGAUAGCUCCGUGGCAGCACUGCUGUUGAAAAGAAGAGGUUACCAGCUAACUGGUGUCUUUAUGCGGAAUUGGGACUCCUUGGAUGAACAAGGUGUUUGUACCUCAGAGCGGGACUGUGAGGAUGCUUAUAAAGUCUGUCACAUGCUGGACAUUCCUUUUCAUCAGGUCUCUUAUGUUAAAGAGUACUGGCAUGAAGUUUUCAGUAAUCUUUUAAAGGAAUACCAGAAAGGAAGAACUCCGAAUCCUGAUAUAUUGUGUAAUAAGCAAAUUAAGUUUAAACACUUCUUCAAUUAUGCUGUCAACAGUUUGGGAGCAGACGCUAUAGCUACUGGUCACUAUGCAAGAACAUCUCUGGAAGAUGAAGAUGUGUUUCAACAGAGACAUUAUACAACACCUCAAUCACUCUUCAGAGAUAGAUUUGAGAUAAGAAAUUCUGUAAGACUGUAUCAGGCGGCUGACCUCUUUAAGGACCAGACAUUUUUCCUCAGUCAGAUAUCCCAGAAUGCACUACGAAGGACAAUCUUCCCCUUAGCAGGACUCACUAAGGAUUUUGUCAAGAAAGUGGCAGCCGAGGCAGGCUUUAGACACAUUCUCAGGAAAAAGGAGAGCAUGGGGAUAUGUUUCAUUGGAGAAAGAAAUUUUGAGAAGUUUAUUCUUGAGUAUUUAGAACCUCAUCCUGGAAAUUUUGUUUCAAUAGAAGAUGGAAAGAUUAUGGGAACCCACAAAGGUUGGUUCACUUUCACCUUGGGACAGAGAGCCAGAAUUGGUGGUCAAAGAGAUGCCUGGUUUGUUGUGGAUAAGGAUGUAACUACUGGAGAUGUCUUUGUGGCACCAACAACCAACCACCCAGCUUUGUUCAGAGACAAUUUGCGUACUGACAGAUUUCACUGGAUUGCUGAAGAACCUCCAGCAGAGCUCAUUAGGACAAAAAUGAUGGAAUGUCAUUUCCGAUUCCUGCACCAGAUGCCACUUAUGCCAUGUACUGUAACCCUUAACCAGGAUGGAACAGUUUGGGUCACAUUAGCUAAGCCGGUUAGAGCACUCACACCUGGGCAGUUUGCUGUGUUCUACAAGGGCGACGAGUGUCUUGGAAGUGGGAAAAUUGUUCGGCUGGGCCCCUCUAUGCACACUUUGCAGCUAGGCAGAGAAAAACUCGGAGAAACAGAAAAAUUCCCUUCUGAAACUGGACAAAACUCAAAACCAGCUGGAUAAUUUUAAAAGAAUAAAUUAAGUAUCAAUUUUAA